AUGCCGCACACAAAGAACACGCGCUUUAACUUGGCUCAAUUCAUGAAAGCUCGCAAGGUUGCAAGGGAGAAAGCUGUUGAUGAAAAUUGCAAGCUAUCGGCAGAGUACAAAAAAGUCCAGCGAGCCCAAGAAAAGGUGAGAUAAAUUUGUCCAGUAUUAAUGAUUUGGGAAGAUUUUUAUUUUCAAUAUCAGAGAAUAUUGUAACAAAGGAUUAUAGGAAAGUGGUGGAGGUCCAUGUGUAGGGAGGCUUGAAUUUCAAUUUUGACAGGGUAAAGAAAUUCAAAAUAAUAAUAAUGAUAAUAAUUUUUUUUUUUUUUUUUUUUUAAUAAUAAAAACAAAACUUUAUUCAUAGAUUUAAAAAAAAAUAGACUAUUUACAGAUUCAAGAAUAUGAAAUAUUAAAAUAUAUACCCUAUGUACAUUUUUCUUGUCUACGAAAGAGAAUUGUUGUAAAAUGACUAUCUAAAGACUACUAAUAACAAUUAUAAAAUAAUAAUAAUAAUAAUAAUAAUAAUAAUAAUAACAAUUAUUAUUAUUAUUAUUAUUAUUGUAGUUUAUUAUUAUUAUUUUUAUUUUAAUAAGAAUAAUUUUUAUCAUGAACUGGGUAAUCAUGGUUUGUUUAAACCUCGCUGUACUUCUCUACACAAACACUUGUUAAUAUCCCCCCCCCGCACAAGCUUUUUAUGUGUUUAAACUCUAAAUGACACUUAAAAUUAACCAAUCAGUGCUUAUGAAAUCACUUGUAUAAUAAUUGCUUUCAGUUGGCCACAGUCAGGGAACACUUCAAAGACAUAACAAAUGAAUUAGAAAAUAUUCCUGUGAGUAUACUCUUGAUUCUUUAUUGUGGUUGUUUUACCAGUACCAGUAAGUAUGCAGCAAAAAACUGCUGGGCGCAACCUCCAACUAAGUCUGUAGGUUUGCAUUGAUUAGUGGUUGGAUGAGGUUUAAUUUUAUGCCAAAUUUUAUUAAUAAUGUGAACAGAAAAAUAUUCAAUUUUGUAAAAAUAAAAAAAAUAUUUUGCAAGUUCAAUUUCGGUGAACUAACCACUUAAAACAGAGCCAGUGCCAGAAUGACAGCCAUGGUCAGGCUUCUAUGCCGGUACCUAUGCAAGAAACCUGAGCGAGUGCCUGUGUUCAUUUGGUUAGUAAAGACUGUCAUAAAUGACAGUGUCUCUAAAUUAUUACCACACUCUUAAUUCUUUAUUAUGGUUGUUUUAGCAGUAAGUAUGCAGCAAAAACUGCUGGGCACAACCUCCAACUAAGUCUGUAGGUUUGCAUUGAUUAGUGGUUGGAUGAUGUUUAAUUUUAUGCCAAAUUUUAUUAAUAAUAUGAACAGAAAAAUAUUCAAUUUUGUAAAAAUAAAAAUAAAAAAUAUUUUGCAAGUUUAAUUUCGGUGAACUGGCCACUUAACACAAAGCCAGUGCCAGAAUGACAGCCAUGGUCAGGCUUCUAUGCCGGUACCUAUGCAAGAAACCUGAGCGAGUGCCUGUGUUCAUUUGGUCAGUAAAGACUGUCAUAAAUGACAGUGUCUCUAAAUUGUAAACAUCAACAUAUUGAAUGUAAGAUUUGGCUAAAUAUCUAUUUUGUUAUCAUCCAACCACAUCUAAUUUAAAUAAUUGUGUUACUACCCAGUGUCUAAUUUAGCAAUAUUUUAGUCACAGGGACAGGUAUCUCAUGCACGAACAAGAAGCCCUACUGCACUUGUCAAUGGAGAAUCAACACUGGGACCAAGGACCGCAAGAAAAAGGAGGCAUAAAACCAUUGAAGCUGCUGCCAAAAUUCAUGGGAGCUCAAAUGAACAUUCCUCAGCCUGUUUCGAGGGAAUGUUUGACACUCUGCAAAAGAGAUGCAAGUUAGAUAAGUUAACAAAAUAUGUGACAGAGAACAAGCAGUUGACCAAUAGAAUAGUUUGUAAAGAGUAUAAGAAGAGUGUGUUAGAAUUUGAAAAGUCAGAUGACAACAUUGUUCGAAGUAUUGCAACAUAUUAUGCAAGUGGUGUAAUGGGGAAACGAAAGUACAAAAGUGUAAGACUGCUGCUUUCAAUGAAAUCAAAUGAAGGCAAACCAGGGAAAAGAACAAGUAUUUCAAUUUGUAAAGGCUGUAAGGUUCCAAAGCUUCUAACUUAUAGUAACCUUGUAGAACAGUUAAAAAAGAUUGACAUUGGGACUGUUCAUGAAAUUGACCCAGACUAUCUAGAGGGCUUAGAAACUGAAAACCAAGUCAAUGGUGCAUAUAGAGACUUGAGACAAUACCUCCCAAUGCUUCCCAAAUUUUAUCUUUCUCAGAACAGAAAAGAAAGUCUGAAAGGCUUUGCAGAAUCAACAGGCACUUUUCAAAUUGCUCUUGGUGGCGACGGAUGCCCAUUUGGCAAAAAUGAGAGCGCGUGUUCUUUCUUAGUCAGUUUCCUCAAUGUUGGAAGAAGGGUGGCAUCAAGUUAUGAUAACUUUCUAAUUUUUGGUGCCAACUGUGAUGAAAGCUCUCCUGGUACAAAGAAAUUUGUGAGGUCAUUAUUACCUCAAAUUGCAGAGUUAAAAAGAGCUGAAUAUGAAUUUGAAGGCAUGAAAUAUAGGUUUAAGCUGGAUGAAUUGCCAAAUGACAUGAAGAUGCUUGCCAUGUUGGCAGGUGAAUUAACUAUUAAUGCUAAGUAUUUCUCACCCUUUGCUAAUGUUUCAUUAGCUGAUGGUAGGGAUGUCAAGGGUACAUUUGGAACUGAAAGUUCAAACAAGUGGAAGCCAUGGAGUUACAAGCAAAGAGUAAAUGUUGUCAACAAGGUUGAAGCAUAUAAGAAAAGAGUAGCACUAGAAAAAAUUUCUGAAAAGACAAAGAGAUCUAAAAUUACUGAUUACAUUGCCAAGCAAAGUAGUAGAGGGAAUUUCUGCCUCUCUUAG